GGGCGCGUGAAUGCGUCGUCGACUCAUCAAGAGGAAUGUCAGCGUCGGGAAGUCGCGCGGCCGCCGAUUGGCCGAGGCGAGUCACGUGACCGCUUCCCAAGCGGAGUUUCCACGACAGCUGGAAGCCGAGCGGCGCGGGCUCAUCGCCUCUCUCGCCGAAAAUCGUCGGAAAUCGCCGGACUCGCGCUCGUCUCAGCACCUCCAGAGGAACCCUGGUCUGGCAUGGGCGACAAGAGGAGUCCCACAAGGCCGAAGCGUCAACCGAAGCCCUCAUCCGACGAGGGGUUCUGGGACUGCAGCGUGUGCACGUACAAGAACACGGCCGAGGCUUUCAAGUGCAUGAUGUGUGAUGUGAGGAAGGGGACUUCAACAAGGAAGCCUCGUCCCGUCUCCCAGCUCGUCUCGCAGCAGCAGGUAACGCAGCAGUUCGUGUUGCCCUCGCAGCCCAAAAAGGAAAAGAAGGAGAGGGUAGAGAGGGAGAAGAGCGACAAAGAGCCGGCGCUCAAGAAGAACAGUCACAAGAAGAUGAGGCCGAGAUUAAAAAAUAUCGACAGGAGCAGCGCCCAGCACCUGGAGGUGACGGUUGGGGACCUGACGGUCAUCAUAACAGACUUUAAGGAGAAGGUCAAGCCCUCGACCACCCCGGCCACGUCCUCCAGCGCCGCGUCGUCGGUGGUCGACCACCACAGCCAGAACGGCUCCAGCUCAGAAAACACAGAGAAGGGGCUGUCCCGCUCCUCCUCACCCAGGGGAGAGGGGAGCUCGGUCAACGGAGAGUCCCACUGAGUCCCGCCCCUCCCCCCUCAAAUCCCCAACGGCCUCCGGCCACAUCUCAUCUGCAGGUCACUGGAAGGGAACCCUACUUUUACCAUGGAGCUGCACAAACUGUUUUGUUUGCUUUCUCGUGACUUACGGUAUCUGUCAAAGAACUAGGUGCCAAACCAUCCGAUUUGGCAAGUGCAGUCAUUUGAAAGAUUCUCCACAUUAAGAAAGCAAUAUGAAACACCCUUAGCGCCAUCCUGGAAGUUGCAGUAGUCUGCAUUACGAACAAAGGUUUGGACAGUGUGCUGGACCCCUCUGCUCAUCCUUGAGCUGCACCUGCCUAUCAAGAUUUUUUCCUUUUUUUUUCAAUAUUUCUAGGAAACAAAAUGUGCAGCCCCACCCUCGGUAUCAUCUCCAGUGGCCGGCGGAGUGACCUAUUCUUCCCCCAUGUGGAAUUCUCUGCCCCUGUCUGGAUUACUUGCCUACCCUGUUGUAAACCUGAACAAAUCCACGACACAAGUCUCUCAGCGUCUUGACUCUGAACGUUCAAUCCGACAGCGAACCUCUGCUGCUGACCCUGCUUCUCCGAGCGUUUACUUCUUGACUGUAUCUGCUGAAGAGUGACUUUGACACAGCAUGGUGGCUACACUUCUGGCGCCAUUUUUUUGAUCUCCACAAUGCUUGGAGCAGGUCGUUCAGUUUGGGUUAAGCUUACAUCCACACGACGGCACCUGGCAGAAAGGUACAGCGCCUGAUUUCAAAAGGUUAAUACCGGUGUUAUUUUAAUCGUCAUCCGUGCCACAGUCGGUUUGAGAUAGUUCUUUUUUUCUAUCUUGGCUGCCAUUCAUUUUGUUCAUCAUAUUGACAACCGCGUGUGCUCUUGAUUUACAGUAUGUCCACGUCGUCAAAGACCAUUUUAGACAGUAAUCCUUGCUCUGAAUGCCGAGUUUCGUCUUUUGUUUUUUUUACCCGGAGCAACAAAAACUUUUCUUGGAUGCUACCUAGGUAUUUUCGCAAUAUUCCUAGUUGCUGUAAUCAUUGCUGGUAUACAUGUUUAAUACAGAAAGAUUUACCCAGCACUGAUAAGGCUUUAUCAGCACUGAGUGAACUCGUUUGGCAAGGGCUUGAAUGUAACGGACGUUCAUCGUAUGCAAGUCCCUCGCUCCGGCUUUACUGAUAUUUUUGAUACAAAACAUAGAAGCGGAAGUUUGAUGUUAACUAGUGGCUGGUAAAAUAAGUCAAGAAGUCAGAAACACCAAUCUUGGGUGUUACUAACAUAAUUAUGUGCGUGUGAUAUGGAAGUUAGCAAAAAAAACUAAGCUGAACACCUUAGCCAUAACAGCUAAAGUCCAUAAUAUCUCAGGGCUGUGUUACAUGAAGUUGAUAUUGUCCUUUUAACAUCACAUUAACACAAGGCCGCUUUAAGAGUCCUCCAAGCUUCGGAACUCAUCACAGUCGGCGUGAAACAAGGCAGAGGCGUUAAAAGAGAGAGAGAGACAACCCGCUUUGAAAAAAAAAUCCAGAAUAGAAAAUGUCUGUACGUCUCAAGCAAAGAGUGUUGUUGCGCUGACACAAGCGCACAGUCGGGGGGUUCGCAACGCCUCUUCGAGUGAUGCUGUGGCAGGAAGGAGCCGCCGCAGACGGACUCUGGGUGAGCGUAGGAGCACAGGAUGCCACACAAAUAUAAGGACUUUGUUAUUGUAUCCUUAAAGUGCUCUUGUGGGAUGACCUGACGGCGCAACGGUGCUCUGGAUCGAGGGGGGGGGGGGCUUUGAACUUUAUUAUUUUAGGGCAAAGUCAAUACAGUCUGUACAUGCAGUUUUUAUGCCCCGGGGACUGUUGAAAGUGCAGUUAUGGCUCUCCUCCCAUUCAUUCAGAUAGGGGGCCCGGGCUUGUUCGCCUGUAAUAACCUGCUGCUUCGUGGCGAGACUUGCGUGCGAGGACUGUGGUCCUGCUGUGCUGAAACUACAUCAUGUCCACAAAACUUACACAUCGCACGAAUUCCCGGCAAAUACGACAACGGUUUCUGAAUCAUUUCUUUUUGUGCUUCUAUCUUCUUGGACAAGAGACGGUUUCAAGCCAGGUUCAUCGCAGCGCGUUUUAGAUCGGGAAGAGAGCCGCGUCUCUCAGAGCAAUCGUCAGCCAACUGUGGAAAAUGACAAAGUAACUGUUAAAUGACACCGGUAUUCUCCCUUUAAUCUCAGCUGCACAAACAGGGCUGCGCCUGCACAGUGUCCCAGUUGAAACCCAGAGGGCGCUCACACCCCUCUGCUGCCACAGAGGACCCAGUUUGGAAUACAGCCGGACUGAAAAAGGGGUUUUGACUUCUGGACAUUUUUAUGAGCUGUAAAGGGGGAAAUCCCGCGGCGUGAUGGGACUUCAGGAACUGUUCGAAAGCCUCCAUUUUGACGAGACAAAGUGGAGGAACUUUAGAGUAUACUUAACUCCCAGCAGAACUACUAUAGAUCAACCUAACUACACAAUAACUUAUAAAAAACCUGUAGAAUAACUACACAGAUAAAAUGGAUAUUUCUAAAAAAAAAAAUAUUGUACAUGUCUUGACGUGGCUGUUAUUAUCCAUCAUAUCAGUGUUAUUUGUCGAUAUUUUUUACUUUCAAAUUCUAGCACACAUCCUGAGAACUGUCACAGCAUGAUAAUAUUACGGUCUCGGUAUAUUGUGGGACGGGUUGUGUCUCUUAGUUUGUUAGUAUCGUUUAACGUGUCAGAGGUGUCCUCUCGCGGGUCCACUGCACUAGCUGGGACUAGGUGUGUGGACUCGUUGAGAAUUGUUCAGACAGACAUUUGUUAUUUGGUUGUUACAAAAAUUGGAAGACACCUAAAAAUGUGUUGGUGUCACCUGUUAAUUUUUUUUGUGUGUGUGUUGUUUUGCUUUGCCAUGCUCAAUGUGUGAACUUGUUUAUUACAUGUCUGAAUAAGAAAAUAACAAAAUCCAAAACGAAAAUGUCCUUUUCUUAUGCACACAAGUUUACUUUAGUCAUCGGCCAUUUUCUUUUACACGCGGUUUCAGGCACUUUUUUGUAUUUUCAUUUGUUAAUUGGGGCUUUUAAAGCGGAGCAGUUUGUGUCUUUUGAGCUCCAUGUGGUGAAUCGCUCAUGACUUGCUGCUUACCUUAAGCUCAGCAUGCAGGUUCAGAGUUUACAUAGCAAAUGUAGUCCAUCAUGCAAAACUCUCCCUGCCCACCCUUUAAUUUGAAAUGUGUGUUCAGCCAUGCAAUAGUUUGGUCGCAAAAUAUUUAUAGCAUAAGCGUAGAAUAGUUAUAAGGAUAUGGUGUGGUUUGCACACUAAUUAAUGAAUCACUACAUCAGCCAAUAACCUCAUUUUCCCCCACACUAAAUGAAAAUGCAAUUGGCGUGCAGCUCUGUUUUGUCUAAUGCAGCCACCUCAAUAAAGACUACUAGUCAUUUAAA